AUGAGUGAGACUAAACCAUCGGGCUCUUCGAAGAAGAAAAUCAAAGAAUUAAAAGACUUCUUUUUUAAUGUAAGCUUAUUGGUGUUUUUUGUUUGUUUCUAGGCGUGUAAAAUAUACAAUUGUUUAUGGAAUUUAAUUUGUAAUGAGAUUUUGGCCGUUAUGCGGUUGUAUUGUACGUUUAAAUUAGUGUAAUUUGUAUUUUUGGGGCAUAAACGGGGUUUUUAAAAGUAAUAUUGAAGUAGUAAUGAUUCAAAGUAUGUGUUAAAGAAUUUUCCUUUAAAUAUUACCUAAUUUUUUUUUGUAAAUUUUGUAGAAGAAACAGAAAACCAAGCCGGACAAAGAUAUGUCACAAGCUCCGGUGGCCACUUGUUCAGAACCUUCAGUAUCGUACGACGCUGAUCACAGUGAAGAUGACGAAAGUUUGUCUUCUUCAUCUUCUGAAUCAUCUGAGGCUCUAGAAAUGGAUGAAGAUGCCGCAAAAUUAAUGAAGAUGUUGAAUAUUAGUGCAAAAAGCUUGGCAGAAGAAGACGGUGUAAUUGAAGAGGAAAGUGAAGCUGAAGGGGAAGAAAAGGCUGAGAAGGAGCAGAAGAAGUCGAAGAAGGCCAAAAGUAGACGGAGUAAUGAUUUGGAGAAAUUGAAGGUAAAUUUUGCCAUUUUAAUUUUUUUAAUUUUAGGUAACUCUUAAAGGUUUUAACAGUUUGGGAGUUUCUUUAUUUGUUUGAGUUGUGAAUAUUAGUUAUGAAAGAACAUAUAAAUGUUUGAAAUACUUUUUUAUUUCAGGCUCAAGUAGAGGCUCUGAUUCAACAAUCAGAAGCUCAGAAACGUUCGAAGAAGGAGAAGAAAAAGAAUUCGAGCUCUAAAAGGGAAAAAAAGCUUUUGAGUAUUACUGAAGCUCCUCAGAAGUCUACAAUCAUAACUGGUAAAGCUGUUGUUAGCAAUGAUGUCAGGAAUUUUAACAGUCUCAACGAUGAUCUUCAGAGGCCUAUCAUUACGACUGUUGUACAUACAAGAACACAUAAUGAGGACGAUGGUUUGAAGUGGCAUGUAGACAGACAUUCUCCACCCGGCAACGAGUUACUUUCGCAAUGGUACGAUGCGUUUAAACCAUUAGUACCACCUAUACAUUUGGCUAACUUUACGGACAUUGUGUGUCACCAGUUUGAUCAACCAGUCGAUUAUCUGAUUUCUUGGACAGAUAGGCAUACUUGCUGUGGAUUUGUUAGAAACGAAGUUGACGCUACAGAAAACGUGCCAUUGGUAAUGCGGUUUGGUGGAUUUUGGACUGAUAAAGCCGUCCACAGUAUGUAUAUCGGCUGCACUGUACGUGUAAGACGUUACGUAAAGAUGAAGGUGAAGGGAACCUCAGGGUAUUUAACACCUGGACGAAUAACUCCUCGCGGUUUGGAAUAUACAGCUUACUUGUUUGCUGGCAUACCGAUUUCGUCUGCUUUUGCUAUUGAAUGGGCUGUCGUGGACAAACCGAGGAUUGUGAGAACGUUGGGCACAUUGGUAAAAGACCUAACACAAGAAUCGAAAGGCACUUUGCUUGUGGGAGAUGUCAAAGAUUGUGAAUAUGGAGAUGUAUAUCCGGCUGCGAUGGAGAAAUGGCCAGUUCCGGAUAUUAAAAAGCUACCGCAGGUACCAGCACCAGUUAUACUAAACUAUGUUGAAGUAAGUUGUUGCUUUGUGAUUAUCUGAGGCUUUAGUAUUGUAAUGUUAUUGGAAAGGUUAACAAUAUUUAUGCAUUAUAACUGUUUUUUGUUGUUUUAUGUUGGUUUAUAGUAAAAUCUUGUAUUUUCAGAUAAAACAACCACACGUGUUGUUUAAAGGCCGCGAUAGGUCGUUGUUGAUGCCUAGUUACAUGGAGAAUGAUAUGCCAACUUCACCGGUUUCAGAAAAUAGCUACGUGUUUGCUUGGAUUGAUCUAAGUCUAACACCAUCGAGGACUUUCGAGGAAUAA